AUGAACUCGCUGAAUCUUCUGUCGUCUCGAGUCAUUGGCCAGUCUUCGAAUCCGAAGCGUAGCCGCCAGCGAUCUCGUUCUCAAGGGGACAUAUCCCCCGUGAUUGCCCCGGGUGACCUCGCCAAAUUUCGGUCCUACAGCGCAAGCAACUUCCAUGCCAACGGUGCCGAGGAGAAAAAUGGCGAUGAUGCGUCCGAGCCGGCUGACGAGGCUAACUAUGAUGAACAUACGCUUGAUGAGAAAACACCGUUAAUACGAGGGCUUCAAAAAAGCCCAUCGCUUGCUACAAAAGGAUCCUUGGGUCUAAUUGCUCAGCGGCUUCUUGAAGCAGUCACCGAAACGAUCAAGUUCAUUCUAGAAACUUUGGCUGCACCUGGUGUGUAUGUAGCACAAUGUUUUCGAGAUGAAACAACAGGGAGGUACUCGCCAUUGACUCCUGUGAGAAAGCUUCAGCGGUCUAUAUCCGGCUCUUCGUCAAAUGGUCCGGGUACGGCACGGAAAUCUGCCACCCAGGCUGAAGGAAAACGCCGCUCCGGCUCUACCAGGAAAUUGCGGAACCAUCCGUCCCGGGACUCCAUCGCAUCAAGUACUUCCGAGUCGGAGGGGGACCGUCGAGCUAUGAAAGGACUCACAAGCAGUAGACCUCGCACCGCGAAGAAGACCUCGAGCGAAGAAUCGAUAAACGAUACGGCGACUCCGCGACGGUCCAUUAGGAUCAAGCUUAACAACGAGGAAACUCUUCAGCGACAAAGGCAACGUCGGGCGCGGAGUGCUGACCUCGACCGGUCCUCGCGGAACGGGUCUCAAGCUUCUGUCGACCCAGACAGUUUGAAGUCUCCGUCUCCAUCUGUACAUCUAGUCACGCGCUACCCUCAUUCACCUGUCCCUCCUCGGCCGCUUAUCCCAUCCCGCCUCCCGUCAUACACGACUACUGGUAGGAACGCCAGGGUUCCCCAGAAAACACUCGUCUUGGAUUUGGAUGAAACCCUCAUCCACUCUCUCGCCAAAGGGGGGCGCAUGUCCAGUGGCCACAUGGUCGAAGUCAAACUCGCUGCGCCGAUGACGACUGCUCUCUCACCUGGUGCACCCCCUACAACUCUCGGACCUCAACAUCCAAUCCUAUAUUAUGUACACAAACGACCUCACUGUGACGAAUUUCUACGCAAAAUCUGCAAAUGGUAUAAAUUAGUUGUCUUCACUGCAAGUGUUCAAGAAUACGCCGAUCCAGUCAUCGACUGGCUGGAGCAAGAGCGGAAAUACUUCCAAGCGCGGUAUUACAGGCAACAUUGUACAUUCCGAAACGGCGCCUAUAUCAAAGAUUUGAGCUCGGUUGAGCCAGACUUAAGCCAAGUGAUGAUCCUGGAUAACAGUCCUAUGAGCUAUAUUUUCCAUGAAGAUAACGCCAUUCCAAUCGAGGGCUGGAUCAAUGACCCAACAGACAAUGGUCUCCUCCAUCUAAUCCCAAUGCUGGAAGCCCUGCAAUAUGCCACCGACGUGCGGGCAUUUCUGGCACUGCGUAGAGGAGAAGCUGAUGCUCUAUGA